CUGUAUAAAUACCACCAUUCCUCACAACCAUCUCAUCUCACUCCACAGCUCCUCUCUUCCUCUACUCUAGUACUCUUAAUUUUUUUUAUAGAAACCAGCAAUGGCUGCCCAUUUGAUUUUGAAACUCUUUCUUGUAAUUUCUUUCUUUAGUGUGUGCUUUGCUUCAAGAAAGCUCAAUGCUUUAGUCCAAGAUCAGCUCUUGCAGUACCACAAAGGUCCACUUCUUUCUGGCAAAAUCUCUGUCAAUUUAAUAUGGUAUGGCAAAUUCAAGCCAUCCCAAAGGGCCAUUGUAUCCGAUUUUAUCACUUCCCUUUCUUCUCCAACUCCAUCUAAAACCCAUCCUUCAGUAGCCGAAUGGUGGAAAACCACAGAAAAAUACUACCAUCUCGCCAAUUCCAAGAACACCCUUUCCCUCUCUUUAGGCAAACAAGUACUCCUUGAAAAUUAUUCCCAAGGAAAAUCAUUGACACAAAAACAAAUCGUUCAAUUAGCAUCAAAGGGUGAACAAAAAGAUGCUAUUAACAUUGUUUUGACCGCCUCAGAUGUUGCCGUUGAUGGGUUCUGUGUCAAUCGGUGUGGAACCCAUGGGUCUUCCAAAGGUGCUAUUAUUAAGGGCAAAACUUACAAAUUUGCUUAUAUUUGGGUUGGUAACUCAGAAACCCAAUGUGCUGGUUACUGCGCCUGGCCAUUCCACCAGCCCAUUUACGGACCACAAAGCCCACCAUUGGGUGCACCAAACAACGAUGUGGGUGUUGAUGGUAUGGUGAUCAACUUGGCUAGCUUAUUGGCUGGAACCGCCACGAACCCAUUUGGAAAUGGUUACUAUCAGGGCGAAGCAGAUGCGCCUUUGGAAGCUGCAUCUGCCUGCCCUGGUGUUUAUGCUAAGGGUGCUUACCCUGGCUAUGCAGGUGAUUUAUUGGUAGACAAAACUACAGGUGCAAGCUACAAUGCACAUGGUACAAAUGGAAGGAAAUACUUGGUUCCUGCUUUGUAUGAUCCAUCUACAUCUUCUUGUUCAACUCUAGUCUAGAAAAUGAAUAGCAGGAAACUAGUUGGGUUUUGUAGUUGUACACGAAGAAGAAGCUAAUCCAGUAUAGUGAAUACUGUAAUUUUUGAUUCGUUCAUUUGUUUGAGGUUUAAAAUUAAAGAGCAAAUUGCUUCGGUUUGCUUUCAAAAUCAA